AGAGGGGCAGCGAGGGGGCGUAGCCGUAGCUACGGCACCAAGGCUCCGCCCCCGCCCUUCCCGCCCCCUCGCUAGAGGAACGCAAGCAGGAGGAGGGGGAGUCGGAGGCGGCGGCGGCGCUGGAGCUCCUCCUGGGGACCAGCGACCCGGGAGCUAGCACGUCGCUCCGCACCGCUCUUACUCUACCCGCUGAGCCGUCCCUUCUCGCCAUGUCCCAGAGCAGGCACCGCACCGAGGCCCCGCCGCUGGAGCGCGAGGACAGUGGGACCUUCAGUUUGGGGAAGAUGAUAACAGCUAAGCCAGGGAAAACACCGAUUCAGGUAUUACACGAAUACGGCAUGAAGACCAAGAACAUCCCAGUUUAUGAAUGUGAAAGAUCUGAUGUGCAAAUACAUGUGCCCACAUUCACCUUCAGAGUAACCGUUGGUGACAUAACCUGCACAGGUGAAGGUACAAGUAAGAAGCUGGCGAAACAUAGAGCUGCAGAGGCUGCCAUAAACAUUUUGAAAGCCAAUGCAAGUAUUUGCUUUGCAGUUCCUGACCCCUUAAUGCCUGACCCUUCCAAGCAACCAAAGAACCAGCUUAAUCCCAUUGGUUCAUUACAGGAAUUGGCUAUUCAUCAUGGCUGGAGACUUCCUGAAUAUACCCUUUCCCAGGAGGGAGGACCUGCUCAUAAGAGAGAAUAUACCACAAUUUGCAGGCUAGAGUCAUUUAUGGAAACUGGAAAGGGGGCAUCAAAAAAGCAAGCCAAAAGGAAUGCUGCUGAGAAAUUUCUUGCCAAAUUUAGUAAUAUUUCUCCAGAGAACCACAUUUCUUUAACAAAUGUAGUAGGACAUUCUUUAGGAUGUACUUGGCAUUCCUUGAGGAAUUCUCCUGGUGAAAAGAUCAACUUACUGAAAAGAAGCCUGCUUAGUAUUCCAAAUACAGAUUACAUCCAGCUGCUUAGUGAAAUUGCCAAGGAACAAGGUUUUAAUAUAACAUAUUUGGAUAUAGAUGAACUGAGCGCCAAUGGACAGUAUCAAUGUCUUGCUGAACUGUCCACCAGCCCCAUCACGGUCUGUCAUGGCUCCGGUAUCUCCUGUGGCAAUGCACAAAGUGAUGCAGCUCACAAUGCUUUGCAGUAUUUAAAGAUAAUAGCAGAAAGAAAGUAAAUUUGGAGCAACUUAAAAAAUCUCAGUAGCACAUAAAAAGUUCCCUUCUGGCCCCUUCCCAAGUAAAACUUUUACCGUAAUGUUUGAGUUUAUGUCUUGUUUCUAAAUCUCUUCAUAGAUUCCAUCAAUACUCCAGAUUUAAUUAUCUCCUCGUGGUUGUUAUUAAGCUCUUUUUAAUGGCUUCAACUUUGUAUCGGUAUAUUGUAUUUAUAAACUUUGUACCACAAGACAGAGUGUAGCACCCAUUUUACAGUGCCAUGCACAUCGGAGAAAGAAACUGCAUGUUUAUUGUUGAUGAUGAAAUAAAAAUGCUAGCAACAGUCUUUCUUACUGGUGCUUAAGCUCUUUGCACAAAGCUUUAUAAAGGGAAUUCAAAGGAAGCCCUUUUGAAUUAGAGUCUUGAGGGACAGCACUAACAGGCCUUUAUUAAGUAUGAUUGUUAAAUUUCAGGGAACAUGAUUGGUCUGCUCUGUAUUUGAAUUCAUGUAACAACUGUUAUGAUGGGAUUCUGCUCAUUUUAUUAAAAAGCUACUGACUUGACUGUAGUCCUGUUCUUGUUAGCCAUUGUCGUGAAUAUUUUAAUGUUGAUAAUUCUGUUGUUUACAUAUCUCUAAUUUACUUUGAAAUUCAAAGGUGAAAAUAAAAAAUGAUGGCCUAAGCAAAAUUUACAAACAUA